UUUUUAUAGGCUUCCGUAUUACCAAAAGGUGGCACUAAAAGAGAGAAACACACAUGAAACAUAUCUUAUCUGACCUUUAAGGUCACUAGUUGCCAUGCUUAAUUCAGUGAAGUUUUCCGUGUUAAAUAGUCACUUAAACGUAAGAAAAAUGUCAGUGCAAGUGCUCAAAGAAAUAUUUACAAAAUCGGUGGAAUCUGUCCAACCUCAAAACCUUAUCACUAAACAAGUGAGCGUCAGCUCUGGCCAUCUAACGGUUUGUGGCCACACUUACCCGUUACACAAACCUUGCUACGUGGUAGGAUUCGGCAAAGCUGUGUUAGGCAUGGCUUUAGAGCUUGAGAAGUUACUAAAGGACAAACUGAAGAUGGGGGUAGUAACAGUACCAAAGGGGAUAUUUGAAAAUUUAGAAAUUCAAUCAAGCAUUAAAUUUAUCGAAGGUGCAAGGAAUAAUAUUCCCGAUGAGGAAGCUUUGAGUGGAGCUUUAGAGAUUAAAGCUCUCGUGGAGAGUUUAGAAAAGGACGACUUGUUGAUAGUUUUGAUAUCUGGCGGAGGCUCGGCUUUACUGCCCCUUCCCAGACCUCCAGUCACCUUGACGGAGAAGCAGAAUUUGAUUAGGGAGCUAUCGAUUCGAGGAGCGGAUAUUUUAGAACUUAAUUGUGUCCGCAAGCAAAUAUCGGUGCUAAAGGGUGGAGGAUUGGCCGAGUUGGCCUUUCCGUCUCGAGUUAUCUCGUUGAUUCUGUCCGACGUUGUUGGGGACCCUCUGGAUUUUAUCGCCAGCGGUCCAACUACCCCCAAUUGUGAUAAUGGCAAAGAUGCCAUCACAAUCAUCAACAAAUACAAGUGUUACGAGGGCCUUUCGGCCGCGAUGCGAGCCGUCCUAGGCCAGAAAAGAGAAAAUUGCUAUUUUCCGCCAGUUAAAGACGGCAAAUACGAACACGUCGAUAAUUUCGUAAUAGGAAACAAUCAAAUUGCGGCGGAAGCGGCCCGCCAACACGCAGCUUCUUUCGGUUUUCAAUCAACAAUAAUAUCAACUUCGGUAACCGGCAAUGUGGCGCAGAUAAGUCAAAUUUACGCCGAUUUGGCACGCACCAUUUGCAAUUCAUCGAGCAAACAAACGCUGAAAGAUUUCCUGGAGACGUGCGGGUUGUGCGUCGAUCCCAGCGCUGUUGAUACUCUAAUUAGCUUCGAUUUGGCCAAAGAGAUUUGUGUAAUAGCCGCUGGUGAGCCGACUGUUGUGGUCAAUGGCAGUGGAAAAGGAGGACGCAACCAACAAUUAGCUUUAGAGCUUUCGGUUCGACUUAAUAAGCUUAACAUAAAAUCGGCGGAUAUUUCAUUUCUCAGUGCGGGAACAGAUGGAAUAGACGGCCCAACUGACGCCGCUGGAGCAAUUGGAACUUCGGAUUUAGUUAAUAAUAGUCUCGAGGAGAAUAUUAAACCCGACGAUUAUUUAAACAAUAACGAUUCUUACACGUUUUAUUCCAAAUACUUGCAAGGGGAACAUCUUAUCAAAAUUGGACACACGGGCACCAACGUCAUGGACAUACACGUAAUGCUCAUAAAACCGAAGCGGAAGUGAAUGCUAAAAGGAAGCCAGCGGCUCGAUGAAUGCUUGAACAGUUCAAAUCCAAAAAUUUAUUUUUAAUGUUUCCUCGACUUGCUGGUUUCAAUAAAACUUUGGCGCUCUAAA